GUGACGGCACGCCCGGCCCCAGUGCACAUCAACCGCGAUGCUUCCUCGAACUCUCCUCCCUCCUUCCGAAUGGUCAAACCGAUCUCGCACCCGGCCUCAUCACGGCCGUCGAGCCAACGAAGUAGACGACCAUUCUAGUACCUCGAUCGGCCAGCCUUCAUUCUUCCUCCUGGCAUAAGUAUUAUAAACUAGCCACCUCUUCUUCCUUUCCUCUCUCGCGCAAGUUUAGAGAUGGUAGCGACGAGUGAGGCCCCCUCCGGCCCGGACCGAUGGAACCCCUUCACCGGGCGCAACGCCUCCCAGCCUCCUCCGCUCGAUCGCACGACGGAUUCCACUGUGUUGGUGGCCGCGUCGUCGGACGGGAGGGUGGCACGGCCGGCGAGGCGGCGAACGAGGGCUUCGAGGAAGACGCCGGUGACGCUGCUAAACACUGACACCGCCAACUUCCGCGCGAUGGUGCAGCAGUUCACCGGCUUUCCAACAGGUCCGCAGUACCAGCAGGGCUUCCACGACGCCCCUCCGGCCUCCGUGAUGACUCCGCCCACGGUGCGAUUCCCGCGGCCACAGUUGUUCAUGCAGCAGCCGCAACUGCAGUUCCAGCCGCCGGCGCCGCAUCAGCAGCAGCACCUCCAAUUCCCGGAGGCAAAUGAAGUGUUUCACCACCCCAAUCAUUCCAACCCAACUAGUUCGGAGAUGGGCGACGUCUUUUUGUACGGCCUAGCUCCGGACCAGUCCAAUAUCGACAGUGGCAACUUCCGAUGGCGGUAGGGUGAAUGGCAUUAUUAAUAAUGCAUGGCCGGUGCAUUAUUCAUUUGCCUUGGUCAAUCAUGAUUAUGAAGUUAGAUUUUGUUUAACCUAAUUAUAUAAGUCUUAAAUGACAUAAAUUAACGAUGGUAUAGUUGGAAGUUCAUAGCAUAUUCCAGAUCGUGUUAGUUACAUAGUUAUGAACCCUCAAUUUCUCGUAUAAGCAAUAAGGAAUAGAUGGCCUUAUUUUUCAUUAAAAUCAUGCUUGUAGUUGAAGAAAUGUGGAAUGCUUAAAGAUUAUGCGCCAAUUUAUUUUA